AGCCGGUCACUACUAUCCUCCAUAGCACUGUGAUACCACUGUGCACCGUGCCAGCGCUCGAGCUCCAGCGACACACAGCGCGCGCUCGGGAAUUUAGUUUCACUUGACGAAGCUCAACCUGAUUUUCUUGCUUUAAUUUCCUCCGGUCAUUUUUUUAAACUGAAGACCAGCGGAGGUUUUCUUUUUUUUUUUUACCAGCGGGACAAGCUCGGCGACACCGGGGCACAGACCGGGGAAAGAGCGAGGCUUCAAGCUUGGUACGACCCAGGACACUGAGUGGACAUUAUUCCUGCACGAGAGGACAGCACUUUGGAUUACUUUGACACACAGUUUGUGACUGGAACACACCACAAAUACAACUACAUGACUGUGUCUUCUGGUUCUCAGCAUGUGGCGUUUCUUUAGUAGAUAACACAACCCUUCCAUUGCUCUGAGCGGAUGCAUGCACUUCUGUGCGCUUUGUGCUGAUUUUAGCUACAUGAAAAGCAGUGACCUGUAGCAAAAUAGCAUUAUAAUUUUUUUUUGAAGGAAGCAUUUAUUUGAUUUUUAAAUAACCACAAGUUAUUUAACAUUGUCUCGGACCGAGCUCUGUGCCUUUUUGAACUCGUUAAACCCUGCGCAGCCAGGACCAGGAUGCAUCACAGCUGAAACCGCGAGUCCGGGACUUUGGUGUUGGAAUCAGAUCGGACGGACCUCCACCUCCGUCCUGGACCAGGACAGGAUCCGAUUCGCGACGAGUCCUGUCGGUGCGAUGUUGACUCUGCUCCCGGUGCUAUGCCUGCUCUCCGGAGCCUCCUGGGCAGCGACCCUGGGCGGGUUGGGAGACACCAUUCUUGGUCCGGAUAAGCUCCAUGAUGUGGCCAACUUCAGCACCUUCCUACUGGACGAGUCAACAGGUAUGCUGUUCCUGGGUGCCAGGGAUGCCAUACUGGCUGUGGACACCAAAAAGCUGAACCAACCACGAAAGAUUGUUUGGGAUGUGCCGGAGGAAAAGAGGAGGUCUUGUGUGGCAAAGGGAAAGACAGAGGUCGACUGCAACAACUACAUCCGUCUGCUGGAGUUCCUGGGCGACGGACGCAUCUACGUGUGUGGCACCUAUGCCUUCGACCCCCAGUGUGCCUUCCUGGAGCUCUCCUCCUUCACCCUGGAGAAAGCCGAGGAUGGAGGAGUGAAGAUGGAGACGGGGAAGGGCAAGUGUCCCUUUGAGCCCAGUCAGCACUACACAGCUGUUAUGGCAGCUGGUACCCUAUACACAGCAGCCACCAGUAACUUCCUGGGAACGCUUUUUGACAUCUCCCGGGCAACGGGCGCUGAGCAGGACCGCAUCCGAACCGAGCGAUCCAUCAACUGGCUGAGUGACCCAGAGUUUGUGAGCUCAGCCUUCAUAGAGCAGUCUGCAGACAGCAACCCGACAGGAGACGAUGACAAAAUCUACUUCUUCUUCACUGAGGUGGCCAAAGAGUAUGAUCUCUACACCAAAGUCAAAGUGCCCAGGGUGGCACGAGUCUGCAAGUCCGAUGUCGGAGGGAUGAAGACUCUGCAGCGGCGUUGGACCACCUUCCUCAAGGCCCAGCUGGUGUGUGAGGACAAGCCCAGCGGUCAGCGCUACAACGUCCUAACUGAUGUUUUCACCGCUCAACACACACCAGGCGACCCCAGCAGCACACACUUCUAUGGAGUAUUCACCUCCCAGUGGGAGCGUGAGGAGUUGUCAGCAGUGUGUGUUUUCAGUCUGUCUGACAUCAGCAAAGUGAUGGACGGUCCCUUUAAAGAGCUGAAGAAGACCUGCGAGAACUGGAUCAACCCAGAACCUGUCCCCACACCAAGGCCUGGCCAGUGUUUGAACAAUGCUUUGAAGGAUGAGGGGUUCAAGUCCUCUCUGACACUUCCCGACAAGGUGUUGACAUUUGUGAGGGACCACCCUCUGAUGGAGAACAGUGUUACUGCAGCGCCGCUGCUGGUCCGGGAGGGGAUCAGAUACACCAAGUUGGCCGUUACGCAGACAGGCAGCGGAGACCAGCGGAGGGGGGGCAGUGCUGCACCUUGGAACAGACCGUGGGGAGCUCCACCGGGUGGCAGUAGUGGACCAGAACGCCACCUUACUGCAGGAGAUUCCUCUGUUCCCCUCACAGGAGCCUGUCAACAAUAUAUUACUGCACCAGGGCUGGGCUCUGGUGGGCAGCCCUCUGUCUCUGGCUCGUGUCCAGGCUGAAGGCUGCGCUCUGUAUCCCAGCUGUGAGGUGUGUGCCAGA